UACUGGAUGUGUGUAUGUACUCUGAUCGACACUCCAGAGCAGUAGGUGACGGAAAUGGCAAGAAGAAGAACUAGACGAAGAAGAAUAGCGCCUCAACAGGAAAAGGAAGUUGCAAUUGGUCACGUGGUCACGUCACGCGUAUCUUACGUCAGGAAAAUAGAAGACUGGAAAAGUCAAUCUCGGCAGCGAUUUCUUCUCCUCCUUGGAUUUGGCUUUCAGUCGGCAGUAGGGAUGGUGUGCGGUGGCUUCACUUGUUCCAAAAACGCGCUUUGCGCCUUGAACGUGGUCUACAUGCUGGUCGGGCUGCUGCUGAUCGGCGUGGCAGCGUGGGGGAAGGGCUUCGGCUUGGUGUCCAGCAUCCACGUCAUCGGCGGUGUUAUUGCCGUGGGCGUCUUCCUCUUGCUGAUUGCCGCUGUGGGCCUCGUCGGAGCCAUCCGCCACCACCAAGUCGUGCUUUUCUUUUACAUGGUAAUUCUUUUCAUAGUCUUCCUCUUUCAAUUUGGAGUGUCCUGCUCCUGCCUGGCGAUGAACCGCGGCCAGCAGGAAAGCCUUCUGAACUCUGCAUGGGGCAUGCUGCAUAAUAAGACCAAGACCGACUUGGAGAGUCAGCUCAACUGCUGCGGACUGCUCAACGUCACCAGCCACCGAGCGCAGUUCGAGGAAGAUCUUCAGAACUGUCCCGCCUUAUGCAAGGAGAACAUUUCAUGCUACACGUGCGGGGAUAUGAUGCUACACCACGCCAGUGAGGCUCUCAAGAUCCUCGGAGGGGUUGGGCUCUUCUUCAGCUUCACAGAAAUUUUGGGAGUUUGGCUGGCAGUCCGCUACAGGAACCAGAAGGACCCACGAGCGAACCCGAGCGCAUUCCUAUAAUCCAUCACGCUUCAUCCCCGUGCCGUUUUUGACACAUUGGUACACGACGCAGAACGGACCGGCCCACUCGAGAACGCACCCCACACGCCUUCUUGGUCCGAGACCGGCCGGGCGUUUGCGCACGACGGGAUGACUCGUAAUACCGGUGAGGCCGACUCUCCCGUAUUCCGACCCAGCCUCUCUUUGAUGGCCCGACUUCUAGCCCUCGCGGUUGCCGCCCAUCCCAGUGAGUGAGAAGCACCUCACAAAUUUGCCCACGUGGGCCUGGAAAUGUUGUCACACGCAACAAGGGCGUCGUCUGCGACGGUGAGAAUACGUGGCCACCAGAUGUGUGGAGCAAAAUGCACAAACGGCUUGGACUUCGCAAGGGGACGAGAGGAAUUUUCUUUUUUUUUUUUAAAAAAAUCUGGACUUCAAAGGCCUCUAAAAUCAGACAUUUGUUGAAAGAAGUCCAUGAACUAUCCUACUGCCCACAUUCACACCAAUAACGUUCCAUUUGCGUUACAGAUGCAACAAUGAUCAAUUAUCACCUGAAUUGACUUUUUUUUUUUUCAUUGAUUUAUCCUUGACAGGGUUGAGUCAGAGUGGGGGGGGGGCUUUAUUUCCAACUCUUUAUUCAUAAACGGGAGCUUUUUUUUUUUUUUUCCUUCAAACUGACAUUGUAGAAAUACAAUUGGGAUUUUUUUUUCCCUCCCUCCUCCUCAAUACCAAAUCUUCUGAGUUCAACCUCUUGACAACAAAUGUGUUCAGAUUCCUCUCGGCCUCCAUCAAAGCAGACCGAUUAAGUGUGUGUGUUUUUUUUAAUUAAGAUAAGGCAUUUGCAAAUGUCGCCUUUCAUGUUGAAAAACAGUGGUCAACAUUUGAGCUAAUUUACUGACUGAAUAAUUAACUUUGUUUCACCAGGGGUGCCACUUGCAAACAAUUUGUCAUUUAGAGUGCUGAAUUUUAAUCAAUUAGUGCAUUUAGUUUUGAGAUUUUAAUAAUGAUUUUUAUUUUUUAAUAAUUUAAUGGGAAUUAGUGUUUUUCUAUUUGAUUAUUUAAAAAAAAAAUGGACAGAAGAAUUCCUUUAUAAAAUCACGGUUAUCUGCAGGCUUAGGUUUUUCUUUAUCCGGUAAGUGACACUAUUUGAAAGGUCACGGUUAUUUUGACGUGUCCUGCGACCUUAUUGGUGGAUGAACUGAAGCGACCCGAAAUGUGUCAGCCAAUCAGAGAAGGGCUUCCUUGUGUUGCAGACCAGACCAGACCAAACCAAAGGGUCCAGGAGUCAAUGGUCAACUAUGGUAUAUACUAUCUUUUCAGUUUCGUUUUUGUUUUUGUUUUUUUACCAAGAGGUAAAGACGUUACCAAAAAAGAAAACAGUUGUGGGCUUUUUCAGAGUUCAGGUUGAAGUGGGCCCCACCAGUCCAACUCAGCAUUUUGGCAGACUCUCAUUUUCUUGUCACGUUGCUCCUGGACCAGAAUUUCGAUAAAGUAGUCACUCGUUGGAAUAAUUGUGAGCUGUAACUGAGCCAACUGUCACAGGUUUGAGCGCCAUGGGACUGCAGACCUGAUGUUGUACAUAAAACUCAUCUUCCGUGUAGUUGUUCCAUUAGUGUUGCACGCACUCCGAUGUUGCUCCCUGUCAGGUACAUAGAUUUUCCUCAUAUUUAAGUGGAAUAAAUGACAAUAUAGCCAACAAACAUACACACUUUGCUAAAUCUUCCUAAAAGUGCAUGGCAGAGGCAAAUUUGCUUUUUUUAAGGGUUUGUUGUGACGUGUGGUUUGGCCUCGGUUGCAGUUCUUUUUAAUCUUGUCAGUAAUUGCUGACUCUUUCAUUCAUCAGUGUUAAAUGCUUUGUACAGAUGGGUUUGUUUUAAGACAUCUUUGUUGGGUUUUUGAUAUUUCCUGCUGAUUUAUUGACGUUCCUGUACACACUUCUUCACUUGGGAUAAGCGUCCACUUGAAUUGUCUUACUUGAACUUGCCAGCUUACAGCCGGUGCACAUUUUGCUGCUGCUUUGGGCCAGUCUUUUCCCUGAGGCUCGCAGACGCGUUGCCAAAUACUGUUCUGCUCAAUUUCCACACCUUGUUUAUAUGUGCGCGCCUCUCCUCCAAAUGUAUUUUUCCAUUUGUUUGGGGACCUCAUUUUACAAUUAAUAAAACCUGAAAUUGGACCAUA